AUGGCGACGGAAGAAGAACCGACGGUCGAGCUGAAGCUUUUCGUGGACAAGGAGAAGAACAGGGUCCGCUUUGCGGAGUCGGGCAAGGAGUUCGUCGACGUGCUCUUCGGCUUCCUCACGCUGCCUCUCGGCACCGUCGUUCGCCUCCUCGGCAAGCAGUCCCAGGUCGGAUGCCUCGACGAGAUCUACAAGAGCGUGGAGGAGCUCUCCACCGACUUCUUCAGAACCGAGGCCUGCAAGGCGAUGCUGCUUAGGCUUAUGAGCGCUGCGGCGAAGCAAUGCUGCGACCUCAAGGUCAGAGUCGACGACACCAAGCACAGGGAGGUCUAUGUUUGCGGCGACACGAGCUGCUGUGCGAAGGCCGACGGCUCGUUUAGCUCCGUUCCCGGCGUUCUCUGCAAAUGCGGCAAAGUAAUGGGACAGAUCCCUGGAGAGUGGCCGGAGGAGGACCCUGCUGCUACUGCUUCGGUAGAUGGAGUUUUUGUCAAAGGAUGCUUUAAGUUUGUCGUCACUGAUGAUCUCCAAGUUGCACCGGCCUCAACUUCUCUCAUGUUGUCACUUUUUAACAAGUUUGGAGUGCAGGAUCCCACCCGUCUUGAGCAGAGGAUGAUCCAGCUCAGUUCAGUCGAGAUGAUUAACUUGCUCAAGAGAUCAUUGACAUCGAAGCAGCCUUUAACUGGUCAUUGUUUUGAUGUUGCCAUCUCAAAUGAUGUUUCAGCCCUAGAGAUGCUACUGGAGAGUUUACAUCCUAAGCAGGGAAAUGAUGCUGAGCAUGAGUUAUACAACGUGAAGAUAAGAGUUCUUCAGACGAACAGCUCAUCGCUGCUCUAUGCUGAAGUUAAUGACGAUUUCGUGGAGCUCCUAUUUGGCUUCCUGAGCCUGAUCGUACCACUUGGAUCCAUCAUUAAGACUUAUGGUUCGUGGCCAUCAAUUGGAUGCAUCGGUAAUCUGUACAGUAGCAUAGAUGGAAGUGCUAAAGAAUGCAUCAGGGAACAAUGCCAGAGCUUGCUGCUAUCACCAAAGCUGGCUCCUUUCUUUACUUCUUCUAGCGUUACUAAGAUAGUGCAAGCUGAAGAAUCAGCUCCAAGGAAGCAACAAAUUAAGGCAUGUGUCAAGUGCAUCAAGAAGUAUGGUUUUUCAAAGUAUGUCGACUGUAAUGAGAGAAAAAAUUAUACCUUUGUCAAUUGCUCUGACAUUUUAAAGACCACAAACCUCUGUGAAUGUGAUCCGAAAUCCGCAAAGGGAGGAAGUGACAAGGGUGAGGCAUAUGUCAAGCGUGGUCCUCAGAACUUCAUGGUGACUGAGAAUCUGCAUAUUGUUCCACUAUCCUUGGAGAACACUAUACAAGUAGUUAGUGAGGCCAAGAUUCAGUCAAAUGAUCUCGUGGAGAAGGAUGUCACCCUUGCAAAAUCUCAGCUGACGGAGCUACUGAAAGCCGCCUUGGUGACUCCAAAAGCUCUCAGCCCGGUGCUUCUGCCUCCGAAGAACAAGAAGAAGCUGCCUCACCUCAGCCCCGGCCUAUAUUAG